UGUAGUAAGUUCCUCAACAUAUAAUUUUAACAGAGAAGUUCCUUUUUUGCGUAAAUAGUUAAUCCAUUGGCACACAAACACAAUGAGUUCACAUCAAGAGGGGUAUGAGUUCGUUCUGUACUAGUUAUUCCUUCUUAUUAACAAUUGAUUCCAGUUCUACAGUGGUUAACAUCUCGUUUGCAGCAAAAUGUCUGGUAAUGUGAAUGAUAGUAUAGGCGUAAGUUCAAUUAUGGACAGAGGAGAUAAAGAAGAAAGGAUUGUUGAUCUCUACAUCACUGCAGAGACUGUAAGAGACCUUAAACAUAAGAAAGAGGUGGAGGAAUCCAACACAACAACAACAACAACAACAAUUAAACCACCUGAACACCCAGGUACUCAAUUUCUGCCAAUAUAUAUUUUAAUAUACUGUACCUUAUACAUAAAGACAAAACAAAUGUAAUAAAUAAACAUUUAAAAGAUAAAAAUGCAAUACGAAUUUACAUGUUUUUAGUUUAUUUGAUCUGUAAAUUGUAAAAUAAAUAUAUUAACAUUGUGUGGUUAUCUUCAGGAAGUGAGCGUGUGAUGAUUAGAAGAUACAGAUCAGUUACAGUGUGUUUGGUGCUGCUGUGUGUUCUUCUACUGACUGCAGUCAUAGUGCUGUGUGUCCUCAUCAAUACAAACAAUCAACAGUUUAACAUCAAAACCAAAAUCAUCACAGAAGAGAGAGACCAGCUACUAACCAACAAUACCAUCCUCACUGAAGAGAGAGAUAAAUUAAGAGCCAAAUCCAAUAAUUUUACUAACCUAAGUGAACAGUUUAUUAAACUGUCAACAGAUGGAUGGAUUUACUAUCAGUCCAGUUUUUACUACAAUUCAUCUGAGGAGAAGAACUGGACUGAGAGCAGAAGUUACUGUAAAGAAAAAGAAGCAGAUCUGAUCAUCAUUAACAACAAAGAGGAACAUGAUUUUGUUCACAAAGUGUCUGGUACAGAAAGCACGUGGAUUGGUCUUACUGACAUUGAUGUGGAGGGCAGAUGGAAAUGGGUUGAUAACAGCACACUGAACUAUAGCUUCUGGGUGUCUGGAGAACCCAAUGAUAAGACGGGUACUGAAAACUGUGUUGAGUCUUAUCCAUCAGGGUGGAAUGAUUUGUCAUGUAAUAAGCCCCGAAACUGGAUUUGUGAGAGAACAUUUUAUUUAAAUUAAAUGAUUUAUUUUAUUUAUUUAGUGUUUAUUUCAUGCAUUGUGUUAACAUGGAUGAAAACAUCUUUAAGUCACUUAACAGUUCAUCUGAAUAUGAUCAAAUGUACUGUAACAAGUCAAGCAUACUUAUUAGAGUGUUUUAUCUUCCAUAUAAGUUUCUUUUUAAAUAAUUUACUAGAAUUCUGCAUCACAUGUUAAUGCUUUGAUCAUAUUAAGUUAAAAUAAAGACAGCAAUCAAACAGGUGUAAGACAUUUCUUCCAUCUGCCACUGGUCAGACAAACUUAUAGUCCCACCCACAAACUUACAG